AUGCAGGACCAUGGAGGAGACAGACAGGUCGCCAGCAGUCUGCCCCACGGAGUCAAGGCGAGCCUGUCUCUGUCGCCUACUGGACCAGGGCGAGUUGGCAGCGCAGGCACCUCUCCUCCGUCUAAAGGGGGCUAUUGUGACAGGGUCCCGGUGGAAGAUAUGCAAGCCCUGACCCUCACCUCUCUGUCCACUGCAGAUGUAGCCAAGCAGUACGAGCACAUCCGAGAGCUGGGCAAGGGCACAUAUGGGAAGGUGGACCUGGUGGCACACAGGGCACAAGGCACUAAAAUAGCUCUGAAGUUUGUGACUAAGAACAAGACCAAGCUGAAGAGCUUCCUGCGGGAGUACAGUCUGACGGGCUCGCUCGGCUCCAGUCCUUUCAUCAUCAAAGUCUUAGACGUGCUUUUUGAGACCGAGGACUGCUACGUAUUUGGACAAGAAUAUGCACCCGCCGGGGAUCUUUUCGACAUCAUCCCCCCACAGGUGGGCCUGCCAGAGGACAUGGUGAAGCGUUGCAUGCAGCAGCUGGGCCUGGCCCUCGACUUCAUGCAUGGGAAAAGCCUGGUUCACAGAGAUGUCAAACCAGAGAAUGUGCUGCUCUUUGACCGUGAGUGUCGGAGGAUAAAGCUGGCAGACUUCGGGAUGACGCGGCGUGUGGGCUGCAGAGUGAAGCGUGUGAGCGGGACCAUCCCAUACACUGCCCCUGAGGUCUGCAGAGCCAGUCGGACUGAGGGCUUCUUAGUGACCACCAGUCUGGACGUGUGGGCGUUUGGUGUGCUGGUCUUUUGUAUGUUGACAGGUAACUUCCCCUGGGAGGCAGCACUACCCACUGAUGCCUUCUAUGAAGAGUUUAGACGUUGGCAGAAGGCGGGAUGUCCUUUGGGAACAUACCCAUCACAGUGGCGCCGCUUCACUGACGAUGCUUUACGCAUGUUCCAAAGGCUGUUAGCUGCAGAGCCAGAGAAACGUUGUGGAGUCAAAGAUGUCUUCUGCUUUGUCAAGUACGAACUAGUGAGCGAGCUGAGACGCAGGGCCUCAUGUAGGGCUAAGAGGGGGGAAAGGUCCAGCUCAGGGGUGUGUACAGGCAGCUGUACCUCCUCCUCCUCUUCCUCCACUUUGAGAUCUUCACACAGACACCCUGAGCCCUCCACUCCUCCAGGCACCACCUGUAUGAGGCCCGCCCCCCUUAAGCGCUCUGUCCUCUCUGAUCCUCUGUCUCCCAGAGAGGAUCCUGGGCAGCACCAGUCUCCAGGACGAGACAAGAAUAAAAGCCAGAUGGUCAUGGCCACUGCCAUAGAGAUCUGUGUGUGA